GUAGGAUACGUCUACAAAGCACGCGAUGUCGCGCGACACGACGUCUUCGACGGUGUCUUCAGUCUUACCUUGACUAUCCGCCCGACGAUUGUGGCCACGGCGAACGCGUCGCGAACGAGUUUAUUACCGCGUAAUUAAGCCGCCCUUGUGUCGCGUUUUUAAAUGCGCUUCAAACGCUCCUUCAAUCACCUCUUGACAUAUUAUAACUAUGUCUUUCUUCUAAAGUAUUUUUGCAUUUCCACUAUUAAAUCUUUACUCGCGAUAUAUUCAGGUGAAACUUAUCUAUUCCUUAACUAUUCCUUAUCGUGUAAUAAUUCUCAAAACUAAUGGCCACUAGCAGUCCAUUGAAUGAGCCAUCGGAAAUGGAAAAAUCUUCUGAUGAUGCCGAAAUCGACAUUGAUAUUGAUACUCGUAAAACUAGUAUAUUCACACUUUAUGCGAAAAUAUUUCGACUUCUUCUUACGACACAGACACCGAAUUUUAGUCUUCUCAGCAACGAGGCACGUAAUAAAGAGCUCGAAAAAUUGAUAUUACCAAGCAAUGAAGAGUGGCGUCACCGAGCUUAUCACAGUCUCGUUGAGUUACAAAGAGAAAAGGAUGCUGAGAUCGAAAAUAAAAGGGAGGAAACGGAUUCUAAACGGCACAUAAGUCGCAAGAAAUCGCAGGAUUGGGAAUGGUGUCCCGACGAAAAGGGGCAACUUCCGAAAGGGAGAAGAGGCGAAAGCGAGGAUAUCAUUGCUUCCUUAAAUGCUAUAUCGGGAACUGGUGGUUCAUUGACCGAGGCUUGCAUAGAACCAGGCUGGCGUAUCAAUGAUAUCCUCUUGGCGGCCAAAGUUCUCCAGAAUACGCGGCCCACCCCAAUUUAUGCCAACGAGGCCGAAAUGAGACGCGUCUUUGGUUUAGUAUACGACGUACUGAGAUACAAGAACAUUUUGAAUCGUACGCUGGAAGACGGAGGAUUUUGGUAUGAAAACGGAAUUCUCAAAUCACGCGAAAGAGUGGUCUGGCUGUUACUCUACGACAUGCAGGGAAGAAAAUUUGCACGCCAGCGUGACGGAAACGCACUCGAAACUCGAGAGAAGAUAUUUAAGACUGUCGGAUUAAAAGACAUCGAAGAUGCCCUUUUAAGAGCAAAAACGCAUUUGGCGGCGAGCAUUUCACGUCUUCGUAUCGGCGGUUCGGCGCUUAAUCUCGACGAGCUUCUCCCAACGUACUUGCGUAUCGCUGGAGGCAUAAGCUGGUCUAACGAAGGCGCGAUCGCUUCCGGAUGGAUUAACACCAUGAAAAUACCCACUAAAAACCAAUUUGUGGAAGACAUGUCAAAGUUGAAAUUUGAACUUUGCAAUGAUAGUGAAGUCGCGGAACUUAACGAGACCAAUUAUAUUUUCGAUCCAAUUUGCCCGAAGAUGAUAAAUUUGCAUGACAAAGCACGAGAGAAACUCGCCGUGUCCGAUUUAGUUCGUGAUCAUCGAUUCCUCUUUUUGGAAAGAUCAUUGUGUCUUGGAGCAGCUACAUUAGCGCAGGCGAUACGUGUCGCACAUCUUUGCGGUCCCGUGAUUCUUACGCAUUCAGUCGCUCCUCGUCAUACAAGCUACUUGGCGGGACUUUUGGCAGACAUCGAAGAAGCCGGAAGACUAUUAGUCUUUGGCGUUGGAGAUCGCUGUUACGAGUACAAAACUUACCUCGAAACUUUAGGUCUUACUCUACAACAAUGUAGAAUUUUUUCAGAAAAAUACAUAUCGCCACCGCCGUCCGUCGAACUGGAAAGAGCAACCAUCGUUUUAGCGACGCCCCCGUGUAGUUACACUGGCGUCCGGGAUAUAGUUGAUCUUGCUGUAGCCCGCGGCGGUGACACCAGUUUAUUAGAAUCAUUAACCAGCGAUACUGCGGGUGAGAUCAAACAGCCACGCGCUCUUUUGGCCGAACAAUUUUCCACGCUCAAGUACGCGCUGACUAGACCGAACAUACAAUUUCUAAUAUACGAGGUGCACACAAUUUUGCCGUCCGAGACUACGGAGAUGGUUCGACAGGUAGUCGAAUAUGCUAAUCAAAUUGCGACGGAGAAGUACAUUCGCGAGCAUCCCCCAAAGCGUAAGACUGUACACAAAGACGGUGGUGAAAAAAUUGUAAAGACGGGAAAGACUGAUAGACAAGAACAAUUACGCGAACAGUUGGAGAAGCAAUCGCAAAUGCAACAGGAACAAACUUUUCCGAGUAAACAGGAUGAGAAGGAUGAAACGCCGUUAAUUACAAAUGAUAUUGUCAUCCCCGAUAGUGAUUUGUUCGAAGUGGGAAGUAUCGAUGAGAUUUACGGCAAAGACAACAGCCAAAUGUUAGACCCGGGCUGUUUCAUCGCUAUAAUCAAACGGAAGGAAAUGAUGCAGUUCGAUUCGCUCUUCAUGAUCAAAGUGGCGGAAUCAAAGGGACUGUUCGGCAAUCCCGACAAGGAGCGAAGUCCAAAACAGAAAACCGAAAUACAACCGCCGCCGUGUCAAAUAUCGCAAAUGAGUCGCAGAAGUUUCAAGCGUGCCAAAAUCGAAAUAGAUCGCUUAGCAGCGCCUACGCACUCGUCGAUGUCGCGGACUUCGAAGAAGCAAAAUCAACCGUGUCCCCGUCACAGUCGAUACAUCGUUCGAGAUAAAAAGUUAUUGGCCAUGCAGAUACGUGAAACGCGAAAGCGAGAUGCGCGUCGAUGGUGGCAAGACGCGAUUGCGGUUUUCGUUCAUCCGAAAAAACGCGACUUUGCUCGCGAGUUUCAUGCAAUGCGCUCGGAUCCAUUCACGCAAAAACCAUUGUAUCCUUUUCAUGUCAAAAAAAUCGUAUUGUCGAAGCGCCAUCAAGAAAAUAACUUGCCAAGCGACUCCGUUUAGAAUUUAUUUUAAUCUUAAAAUUUUUAUUUUUAUUU